GGUUUGGCAACAAGCAUGUUUCACUAACCCUUGCACAUGUGUGAGUACGUUGGAGUACAUCGCACAUUGUCUAUUCGACCAAAAGAAAUUUAAGAUUUAACUCAAUUUUCUUGUGUGAUUCGACAUGAAGAAGAAACGGGUAAAUGCGCAGUCAGUUGAGAUGACUCCAUCAGAAUUAGCCAAUGACCUGGAGAAGGAGGAAAAUGAGCCUCCUGUUAAAGUGAAAAAGAGAAAUCGUGAGAAGGUGGCAUACCACCCAGUCAAGUUGUCCAGAAGUGACCUGUACAGAGCCCCAACAGUGGAGGAACUCAACCAGCUGAAAGAGGCUGAGAGCUUAUUUCACUGCAGCUUGCUCAAAAUGCAGAUGGAGGAACUGUUGAAAGAAAUUGCCCUCAGUGAACGCAGGAAACUGCUAAUAGAUGCUUUUGUUGAGAUGGUCACCAAGCUCCUGAAGACUGUACCACGGUCACCUGACGUGGAGGUAAAUGACCUGUCAUGGCUAUCCAAUGAUGUGAAGGUACCUAUCCUCCUGUUACCAAAAACACAAAAGAGCAAGUUCCACAUAGCGCCUCCCGCUUCUGUUGAUCUGAUUGGAAGUUACCCCUUGGGAACCUGUACCAAACCACGCGUCGUGGUUGACCUGGCUGUCACAAUCCCAGCUGGUAUCCUCCACAACAAAGACUUCUUAAACCAGAGGUAUCCCAGGAAAAAAGCAAUCUACCUGGCAGGUCUGGCUCAGUAUCUGAGAGCCUCUUCAGAUAUAGGAUCCAUGUCCUACUCUUGCCUUCAUGGGAAUCGGCUUCGUCCCAUUCUGCUGCUGAGUCCUCCUGGUAAAGACUCAUCUGCCUUGAUGGUCCGCCUUCAUGCUUGUCCACCUCCUGGAUUUUUCAAGCCCAAGCGUUUCCACCCUCAGGUGAAUAACAUCAGGACAGGCUGGUACACCGGGGUGAACAACACACACUCUGAGAUCAGUGAGCCUCCCACUCCACAUUACAAUAGCACCCUUCUGGGUGAUCUGCUCCCCAGGGCUCACCUUCAGUUUUUGUCUGCUGUGAGCAUUCAGUGCUCCGCUUUUCCCGACGGGGUGGCUUUGCUCAAAGUCUGGCUCCGUCAGCGAGAGCUUGACCAGGGCACUGGGUGUUUUAACGGCUUUCUGGCCUCCAUGCUCUUGGCGUACCUUCUGAUGAUGCACAGAAUCAGCAACAACAUGACUGCCUAUCAGCUACUGCGAAACACCUUAAACUUUCUGGCAUUGACAGACAUGACAGUGAAUGGAAUCAGCUUGGCCAAAGAACCUGACUCGACAGCUCCAUCGCUGGCAGACUUUCACGAUGCAUUCCAGGUUGUGUUCAUUGAUCCGUCAGGACACCUCAACAUGUGUGCCGACAUGACGGCAUGCACCUACAAGCAGCUGCAGCAGGAGGCGUCAGUGUCCAUGCAGUUCUGGGACGACCCCACUGUGGAUGGUUUCCACAGCCUCCUCAUGACCCCAAAAUCUAUGAUGAGGACCAGUGACUACGUCUUCCAAUUAUGUGAACUUGCAAAGCUUCAGGCCAGCUGUAAGAAGCUGAACCUCCUCAGUGAGCUGAUGGACCACAGUGGAAACUACGUGCACACAGCUCUCCCGUUUAUACUGUCGCUGCUUCAGAGAGGACUCGGCCAAAGGAUCAGCCUUCUCACCCACUCACUUUCCCCUGACCCUGAGUGGUCGCUGGAGAGCGAACCCCCAAAGCACAAAGCCCAGCCACCUCUCACUUUUGGUUUGUUGCUGUGGCCUGAGCUGGCAACCUCUGUCUUGGAACGAGGACCUCCAGCAGACAGCCCUAAGGCUGCUGAUUUUCGGCAGCUUUGGGGCACUCGCUCGGAGCUCCGUCGUUUUCAGGACGGCGCCAUCACUGAAGCUGUCCUGUGGCAAGGAGACAGCAUGUGCCAGAAACGGCUGGUACCACAACAGAUCAUCACAUACCUACUACAACUCCAUGCAGACAUCCCUGAGUCUUGUGUGCGACAAGUUGGGGCAAUUGUUGAGGACGUCAUCAAAAUGAGAAGUCAGGUGCCAAGUACUGGAGAAGAGGAAAGCUUGCGUGUGGUUCAGUCCUACGAUGACCUGAGCAGGAAACUUUGGAAACUUGAAGGUCUUCCGCUCUCUAUUACAUCAGUGCAAGGAGCCCACCCGUCACUCAGAUACACACAGGUUUUUCCUCCUAUCCCUCUCAAGUUCGACUACUCCUUCUUUGACAAAGCAAAGGCUUUCCAACUACUGGUACCAAAGGAGGGUAAACCGUGCCCGGCUUAUGUCAACCCCAUCACAGUGAUCUGUCACAUGGAGGGAAGUGGAAAGUGGCCUCACGACCGCCUCGCCAUUCACCACAUCCGAGCUGCAUUCCACAUUCGCCUGGGAGAGUUACUUAAGAUGCAGCAUGACUACACAUGCAAACCCUGUGCCACACACCUGGACGUCUGGAAGGAUGGCUUUGUGUUCCGCAUCCAGGUGGCGUACCAUCGAGAGCCCCAGAUACUGAGAGAGAGCGUAAGUCCUGAGGGGCUGCUGGUCGUCAGGGACAACGAGGAGGCUCUGAGCUUGGAGAUGAGCACCAUACACAAGCCUCUACUAACCAGCACACUGCAUGGGCUUCAGCAGCAACACCCCUGUUUCGGAGCAGUGUGUCGCUUGGCCAAACGUUGGCUGGGGGCCCAACUCUUCAGCGAAGACAUCACAGAGGACACAGCGGACCUCCUGGUGGCGUCCCUCUUUCUGCAGCCUGCACCAUUCCCCCCUCCUGGUUCUCCUCAGGUGGGCUUCCUCCGCUUCCUUCAUCUGCUCUCCUUCUUUGACUGGAGGAACAACCCGCUGGUCGUCAACUUCAACAAGCAGCUCACAGUGGCCGACUACACAGAGAUCAAGAAUGACUUCAUGGCCUCCAGGGAGUACCUACCCGUCAUGUUUAUAGCAACGCCUAGAGACAAAAAACUUUCGAUGUGGACCAAGAGAGCCCCCACUGUCCAGGACGCAUUUGGAGACCUGGCCCUUUUCUUUUGCGAUCCCUAUGGAGGAUCAGUGAUCGCCGUUUUAUGGAAGCCCAAGGCCUUCGCCCCUCUGCCCUUCAAGACGUCCCAGUUGUCUGCCAGAAGUGUCAAGGAAACUGGCGAAGAAGCAAACACGGUUCCCAAUGUGGAAGCUAUACUGGAGGACUUCAGCAUCAUUGGAAAGGAUUUGGUCAAAUCGGUGGAGGCCAGGACUGAAAGAUGGUCGUUUUAGUUUGACAUUAAUUCUCAACUCCAUUUUCCAUACAUUUGGAAAAGACAAUAAAGCAAUCAUGCAUUUGUAAUGUUUUGAUCAUGUUGAACCAUAUCUAAUAUAUAUAGACUGUAUUUCUCUCCCUUUUAGCUCUUGAAACCUCACCAGCAUUUUGUCUCUACUUGGAAACAAAACACGGUUGUGAUAUUUCACAACACUGUGGUAUCAGAAGGUGAUGAAACGUUUUACUUGUAUCAAAUGCAGAAAUUCACAGAUGAUGAUAAAUUCAUAGUUCAGAAGUCACCCAAACAGCCGAGGUGUGUCCUCCGCCUCUUGCCCAAAGUCAGCUGGGAAAGGCUGCUCACCCAUGACCCUAAUGAGGAUAAACUGUAUAGAAAAUGGAUGGAUAGUGUCUUAAAGUAAAUCUGCAAAUAUCUAUCAAUAAAUAGGAAUGAGAUAAAGGUGUGUGUGUGCGCGACUGGCUGGUGCCCAAUACGAGGUGUACCCUGCCUCUCGCCCAGUCGGUUGGGAUAAGUUCCAACUCAUUUGUGACGAAAAUAAGGACCAGUGGUACAAAAAAAUAGACGAAUGGACGAAAGUGUGCAUUGGGUGAGCUUAUGCUUGACUAUAUGAAGCUGGUUGGCACAGCUUUUGGCAUUUUGGUGUCAGAUUUCAUGGGAAAAGCUACUGCUGGUUGGUGAAAGGGCAACACAAAUUUAGAUGCUGAGGGUUCAAUUUAACAGCUGUGAAUCUCAAGUAAAAGAUCAUGACCCGGAUCUAUGGUUUUAUUGCUGCUCUGAAAGCACCUUCCUGUUCCGUUUAUUCUGUGGCUGUCAGGUCUUCGAAGAAGGGUGAGCAUAGUUUAAUUUUCCUUUUAAAACGUGAAAAUGAUAAAACGUCAGGUGUUAUAGAACUAAUUGAUUCACUUCAUUCACAUGUAACAGAUUGUGUUUCGCCUUUGUGGUUCAGCUGAAGUGUUCCAAAAACGGCGUUAUCCCUGCAGUACAAUAGUUAGAUGUUCAUGAAAUACUGCAUUGCAUCACAAAUGCUUGGCAUAGUUCUGACUAGUAGCAAACAAACUGCUUGCUUAGGCCAAUCAUUAAUUGCUCAACAUCGUCAACAGCAUAUAGAGGAGGCUUUCUCAUCAUGCUGACACACUAAGGUGUCACGGGGUGUGAAAGCAUGUAACAGUUGUUGAUGGGCAAAGUGUUUUGACUGCAUCAGCCUUGCUUAAUUAUAGGGAAAGUGGAAAUGUACUAGACACAUGCUUUGUGUGUUCGCAAGUAAAGACAUCAACAAUGCUAUAAAGUUGUGUGACGAUAGCUGAAUUGCACAUUGCAUGAUCUCGUUUUUUGCUUUGUUUUGUUUUUUUGUCUUUGGCAACAAUGCAGAAUGUGUGAAUAUUAAUGGAAAGUCGGAUGAAAUGAGUUUGACCUUGAAAGUGGGCAAUGUAUAUGCAAUCAGCACUUAAAACUCCCAAUGUUAACGUGUUUAUUAGUACAAACCCUAAGACCCCCCCCCCCCCCCCAAAAAAAAAGUAUACAAUUUACUGGAGUGAGUGUUGAAACAAUGUUUUAUACCGGGAAGCAGAUGUGUCAAGAGAAUGAGAAGCAGCCACUAAUUGUGGGCCUUGCUGCCUGCUGAUGUCAUUAGUCACUAAAGUUGAGUUCCCUUUUACACAGUUUAUGUUGUCAUAUUUUAUCGUCUAUUACACAACCACAUUUCAUUAAUUCUUACGUAAAGCUGUACUUUAUGUUAAGAAGACUUAUCACGCAUUCUAAUAACAAAAAAGGUUGCCAUUUUGUUCCUCAAACUCUCUACCUUUCCUGAAGCUAUGUGCCAACCUGAAUUUUUAUGACAAUUGGAAACAUCUGGUACCCCCUCCCCCACUAGAGACAAACAUCUGGUUGACACAUGCUCCCCAUGCUCAUCAAUCGUUUGAAACCCUUUUCACAGCACAACAAGCAACACCUAGGCCGACAUAUUGUUCUACAUUGUGCUUUUCCAAAUAGUUGUGGUCACAAGAAUUGUUUACACUCUCAAACUUCCUGUAGUACUUCGUUUAGCCAAAUUAUUCCUGGAAAAGAGCAAACAACAAACCAUCAGAUCGUCUCUGGUUUUCCGGGAUGGAAUGUGUUUGACCUUGAAAGUAGGCGAUGUAUAUACAAGCAGCACUUAAAGACCCAAUGUUAAUGUAUUUAUUAGUACAAAUUAGCUGAAUAAGAGCACAAAGACAACAAUGAAUUAAGGCCAACACUGUUCCCCCAUAUAUUUGCUUUUUGGGAGAGGGGGAGUUAUUUGCUGAAAAACUCACCUAUUCGCUAUCAUAAAAUAUUCUUUCUGUUGA